AUGUUUGAUUUGAACAAUCUUCCAGACGAUGAUUACGAUGAAAAUAUUAUUGAUGAAACAUUGAAUAAUGAACCUUUUAUUGGUCAAACUUUUAGCACUUUUCAAGAGGCAUUUGUUUUCUAUGAAAAUUAUGCGAAACAAUAUGGAUUUACAGUUCGCAAAGAUCGGUCUCAUAAAAGAAAUGAUACGACAGUUAGACGUGAUAUUUGUUGUCAUCGUGAAGGAAAGAAGCGAUUAAAACUAGUUGAUCUUUCUAAGAAUCAACGAAAUAGGGGCUCAAUAAAAUGUGAGUGCAAUGCUCAUAUGCGUGUUACUUUGAAAAGAAGUUGUGAUAUAUUUCCAGAAGAAUGGCAUGUUACAACUUUUGUAAAGGAUCACAAUCAUGAAUUAUUGUCACCCGAUGAAAUGCGUUAUCUUCCUGCUAACCGCAUUAUCACUCCAGAGGAUGAACGACAAAUUUUACUAUAUAAAGAGGCCGGGCUCAAUGUUCGACAGAUUAUAAAUGUAAUGGAACUCCAAAAACAAGUGAAACAUGGUGAUCUUUCUUUUCAAGAAAAAGAUGUCCAUAAUUUGUUUGCUAGAGUGAAAAGAGCACUUGGAGAUAAUGAUGCAAUGGAACUUAUAAAUUAUAUGGAAGCUUCAAAAGAAAAAAAUAAUAAGUUUCAUUAUGAAUACACCGUUGAUGAAGAUAUGAGGCUAGAAAAUAUAUUCUGGUGUCAUCCUCAAAGCUUCGAUUGGUAUGAAAAAUUUGGGGAUGUAAUUGUAUUUGAUACCACUUACAAGGUCAAUGCGUAUGACAUGUCAUGUGCACUUUUCGUUGGCAUUAAUAAUCAUGGAAAAACUGUUCUGUUUGCAAGUGCACUUCUUCGUAAUGAGACUGUCAAAACAUUUACGUGGUUGAUGAAGACUUUUGUGGCCAUCAUGAAAAAACCAUCACAAACAAUCAUCACUGAUCAAGAUCCAUGGAUGACUGAAGCAAUUGCAACUGAAAUGCCAACUACAAAACACAGCUUUUGUAUAUGGCAUAUCACUACUAAAUUUAGUUGUUGGUUUGCAGCUCUUCUCCGUACUCAGUACCAAAAUUGGUGUGGUGAUUUCUAUACACUUUAUAAGAUGACUUCUAUAGAAGAAUUCGAGCAUAGUUGGCCAUUAAUUGUUUCAAAGUAUAACUUGCAAAAAAACAAUCAUGUGCAAGGUUUAUACAAAAUUAGGAAGUCAUGGGCUCCUGCCUAUCUUCGAAAUUAUUUUUUUGGUGGAAUGAAAUCAACUAGCACAUCAGAGAGCAUAAAUGCUUUUAUUAAACGAUUUGUUUUCUCUCGCACAAGUUUGAGAGAGUUUGUUAAGCAGGUUGAUUUAGCCGUUGAAGAAAUUGGAAUUCGUGAGGCGAAAGACAAAAUGUCAACUACACUUACACAUGUUCCUUUAAAGACAAAAUCUCCGUUGGAAGAACAGGCUUAUGGAAUUCUUACACCAUUUGCUUUUAAUAAGUUUCAAGUUGAAUUUCAAAGAGCGAACCAGUAUUCGAUUGUAUGCGUUGAAGAAAGCCAUGAAAUUUGUAUGCAAUUUUUUAAGAAAUAUCCUUGUGCUGAAGAAGAAUGGGACCUUCAUGUUCUUCCUACUGAUUCCAUUAGACCAGUCUUGGCAGAAACAUUCCCAAAAUCCAGCCUAAUGGAGUCAUUUGUACCAUUUGGAGGUUUUUUUUCUAUGCCAUCUGAUAUAAAAAGUCCAUUAAGGGUAUCAAGCCAUUUUGGAUCCUUAUGUCACAUUUGUGAUGAGAAGUUUAAGCUAGAAGUGAAUGAUGUUUCGCAAGGAGGACUUACUGGUUCGGUUUCGGAUCAUUGUAGGUCAAAUUUGCCUUCUUGGUUACAAAUGUCCCAAUUAUCUGCAAACAGCGAAAUGGAUAUGGUGCAGUACAGAGACAGUGGUACAGUGCAGAGACAGAGUGUGCAGGCAGAGACAGAGUGUGCAGGCAGACAGAGUGACAGAACAUAG